AUGAGCUCCCUCGGAGGGCCGACUGAGGCUGGGGAGGGCAGCGUGGCGCCCGGGCCUGCAGGUGAGCCCGCAGCGGUGGAGAACCCUCCCCAGGACCGAGCCGGCAGGAAUGCUGGGCCCAGCGUCGCGGUCAGCAUGGACGGUCUGGGCCAGGAGGAGGCCUCACCGCCGCCCGAAGCCCCGGAAGCUGCCCCGGACAAGGGCCUCCCGCAAGGCCUGCCAGGCCCCAGUGGCGCAGAGCAGCCUGCCCCCGACGGUGUGGCCAAGACCAAGGCCAGGGUCCGGAAGGUGGACAAGUGUGCAGGGGAGGAGGGGGCUGAGAAGCCGGCAGAUGAGGAUGCGGAGGCGGGACCGCGCCUCCCGAAUGUGGCUCUGCAGAUGAGGUCCCUGGAGGCCAUCCAGCUGGAUCUGAACACCGUGAAUGCCCAGGCCGACCGCGCCCUCCAGCAGCUGCAGCACAAGUAUGGGCAGCUCCGUCAGUACUAUCUGGAGCGCAGGAACUACGUUAUCCAGAGCAUCCCCGGCUUCUGGGUCACGGCCCUUCGCAACCACCCGCAGCUGUUCGAGAUGAUUACAGGCCGAGAUGCAGAAAUGCUAAGAUACAUAACCAACCUGGAGGUGAAGGAGUCCAGACUCUCCAGGGCGAGUUGCCGAUUCAAGUUCUUCUUCCGUAGAAACCCCUUCUUUAGAAACACUCUGAUCGUCAAGGACUACGAGGUCAGACCCACUGGCCAAGUGGUAUCGCUCUCCACUCCAAUCAUCUGGCGCCCUGGUCAUGAACCGCAGCCCUUCAUUUAUGGGAACCAGGAGGUCACGUGUAGUUUCUUCACCUGGCUUUCAGACCACAGCCAUCCAGAGCGUGACAGGAUUGCCCAGAUUAUCAAAGAGGACCUCUGGCCAAACCCACUCCAGUAUUACCCCUUCCAUGUAGGGGCUCCUAGAGCCAGACGUCACCAGAUCAGAGAGCCUGUGGAGAUUCCUAGACCCUUUGGUUUCCAGUCUGGUUAGCCAUUGCCCAUGUGAGUCCUCUAGGACUUAACUGCUGGACUAGUGACUGACUGAGCAACAGAAACGGGUAUGCCUUUGUGUCGACAUUUCUGUACCCUUCCUCUUUUAAACCUUUGCUUUUAAACUUUUCAGCUACAAGACUGAAACUCCCACGAUACUGUUGUCUCAUCUCCACACAAUCUUUAUGCUCGUUGCAUUUGUGUCACGUGAUGCCUAGUUCACCCGUCCUACGCCGAGGAAAUGACGCUCUGCAUUUCACCUUCUUUAUCUGCACCAUUUGGACACAGUUUGUUUUCCAGGGACAUUGGUCUACCACUUAGACGACUGGAAAGCUGUUUACCCUUCUCUGCAUUGCCUGUGAACAUCUGAAGAGCGAGGCCAUCGCGAGCAUAGUAACAGACCAUUUGGUCUGUGCAUCUUUCAUGGUUCCAGACUGUUGCCUGCUACAGAAUCUUACCCACCUGAGUUGCUGCCAGCUACUGUUUUCUGUUGUCUGGUAAACAAGAAACUCCAGAACUGGUAAUGGAGCAAGACUUUCUACCAGAGUAUGAUCCUUUUUUCCUUAGGGGGGUGGGGACACUUUCCCCCCUUUUCCUACCCACUCUCACCACCACCAUCACCCAUCCUUAUCACCCAGAAACCCUGUUGACAGUAAAGUAAGUGGCUGGGUGACAAAGUAAACCUUACCCUCAACAAACUUUCUUAACCCCAACCAGUGAAUUAGUACAAAAGCUAGGCACUUUUGUUUGCCUCCCUUCCUCAACCUGAAAAUGUUGCAAGGCUGGUGGUGAUAUAAUUAAUCUUCAAUCUCUGUGUCUCUUCUGACUAAAGAAAUUGAUGGCCCCAAAGCAUCUGUGAAAGUGGGCACUUUAACUUUCAGCUUUGAUUUCCAGAGGCAGAGAGGCAUGUAGACUUGGUGCCUCAGUACUGCAGCCUCUGCUUUCUUUCCAACACCUUGUUCCCCCCACACCCUUUAAUAACAAUGCCAUGUGUGGUUUAAGAUUAGAGGGAUAUAGAUCUAGAUAGGAAAAAGUAAUUUCUAGUUUAUUGAGGCUAGAACCAAGUCGUGUAUGUGCAUCCUAAGCAAAGCUGAACCAGAGACCAGAGGUGAAGCAGGAAUAAGGUAGACUGAUGGAUAGCUUGUGACAAGGAAGUUUCUACCUUUAGGAUGAUAGGAAGAGAAAUACGUUUCCUGGGGUUGGGAGAGGAGCUAAACGGUAAGAGCACUAGCAUCCAGGCCUUGUGUUCCAGCUCUAGCACAAAAUUAGAGAGAGAGAAAGAGAGAGAGAGAGAGAGAGAGAGAGAGAGAGAGAGAGAGAGAGGUUUCUCAGGGCUGAGAUGAGAAAACAGUGGUUGGAGUACUAAAUGUGCUACUUAGAGAAGGGUUCUCUGAAGGACAACGUGUCAUUCAUUGGGGUUUUCUGGUUUCAUCUGGUGAGAGAUUAAAACUAUCACAAGUAGUUAGUAAACUUUUCUUAUCUUUCUGUAUACUACGGAGAAAAGUAUGCAGAUUUUCUUUUUCUUUUAGUUGGGAACAUUUAGGAAAAAAUCAUUUUUGUUUAAUAUAAAAAUGUGAAUAUUUGUAACAGUUUUCAUUGUUUUGAUUCCUGUUAAAAUUUUAUCCUUAAUUAUCCUUAAUUUUAUUUAUCCUUAAAAUUAUCCUUAAUUUUAAUAGCUUGAUUUGUCAGACCUUGAAAAUUGGAUUUUGCC